AUGGCAAAUUCAAUGAAUAAAUACGAAAUAUUAGGCAUAAUUGGAGAGGGAGCAUAUGGUAUCGUAUAUAAAGCAAAGCACAAAGAAAACGUUGCAAUAAAGAAAUUCAAAGAGUCGGAGGAAGAUGAAAUCGUAAAAAAGACUACCUAAAGAGAAGUGAAAAUGUUACGAUAAUUAAAAGAGGCGGAUAACAUUGUAAAGCUGCUUGAAGUAUUUAAAAGAAAAAAUCGACUCUACUUGGUGUUUGAGUAUUUUGAAAAAAAUUUAUUGGAAAUUCUAGAGGAGAGGCCAAAUGGACUGGCACCGGAAGCUGUUCGAAAAUACAUUUAUCAGCUCCUCAAAGCUAUUGAGUUUUGCCAUAAAAAUAAUGUCAUUCAUAGAGACAUUAAACCUGAAAACUUGCUUAUUAACCCAGUUAAUCAUGAUUUGAAAAUUUGUGAUUUUGGCUUUGCAAGAGUUUUAAAUUAACGAGGAGGAGAUUUGACUGAUUAUGUAGCUACUAGAUGGUAUCGAGCACCAGAAUUAUUACUCAGCAACAAUUAUGGAAAGGAAGUUGAUAUCUGGGCAAUAGGGUGUAUAAUGGGAGAGAUAACUGAUGGUGACGCAUUGUUCCCAGGAGAAUCAGAAAUAGAUUAGCUCUUUUGUAUAUAAAAAGUACUCGGUCCUCUAACCCCUCACCAGCAAGAACUAUUUAACACAAAUCCAAGAUUUAUAGGAUACAAAUUCCCUAACAAUAUCAGUAAUCCUGAAACUCUUGAAAAGAAAUACGUUGGAAAGUUGUCAUCAAAGGCUUUAUCAUUAAUGAACGGAAUGCUGAAGAUGGAUCCAGAGGAUAGAUUUUCUGCAAUGGAAUGCUUAGCCCAUCCAUAUUUUGAUGGAAUCAGAGAACCUGAAGUAGAAAAAAUGAUCUCCGCUUUUUAAGCUGGAGUUAAAAGAGAUACAUCAAAAAGUCGGGGAAGUCUGAGGAUAGGGAUUACUAAUAAUGAUCCAAGAAGCGUCGAUGCUAGAAAUAAAACUAAUUAUGGUAAUAAGUUUAUGAUAAAGGAUAUUAUAGGCUAAAAUUAAAAUUCAAUCCUUCAAAAGCCAGUUGAUGUUACUAAAUAAGGCAGUAAGCUUAGUUAAAGUACUGGGUCAAGUGAUAUCAGAAAAAAUUCGGUUACAAAUACGCAAUCCUAGUAGUAGAGUUCUUUAUAGUAAACAUAGUAAAAUCAAAAUUCAUCACAGACUAGACAAGGAACAGGGGCUGUAUCAGGAAACUUUAACUCAAACAACUUUAAAAAGCCGUCCAUUCAAAAUUCAUUCAAUGAUGGCAAACUUGCAAAAAAUAACUUCAUGCCAUCCUAGAAUAUUUCUAAUUUUUUACUGAACAAAGGUUCUAGUGGAAAUCUCAAAACAUUUGAUAACGAAUACAGCUACAAUAUCAAUCUAGAAAACUUAGGUGGACCAUAAUAGCAGACAAGAGGUUAAGUCCAGAUGAAUAAGAAUUAAAUAUUCUCUGAAGUUGUUGAAGAGGAAGAAUUUGACGAUCCAAAUCAUGGUCUCUCAGUAGGAAACAAUGCUUCUACCAUUUCAAAGAGACUCCCACCCACGAAUAAUGUAUAGAAUAAAAAUAUGAUCUUAAACGAACUCUAGACCAACCAAAACCUCAUGAAAAAGAACAAUCACAAUGCUGAUUUCUAGGUAAAUAGCAGCAAAGAUAACACAUAUUCUCCUCCUCCAAAUAAAUUCUUGGGUAAAAAUUAAGGUAUCAUUUCUCAAUAGUCCUCACUAUAACAGCCACAGUAAAAUUUGAAUCCUAUUGUUAAGCCUAAAAAGAAGAAGAUCUUUUAGCAAGCUGAUUUUGCUGGCAAUGCAAUCAUUAUAAGAGAAAAUGACGAGGGAGUAAUUGGGGGUAAAGAUGAAGAUGAUGGUGCAUAUGACCAAAAUCCAACUGCUUUUGAAAAGCCAAGUCCAAAAGGAUAAAUAUAACCUAGUGCCAAUGUUAAUGGAAUGUUUAGUUUUCAGGGUAAAUUAACCAAAAAGAAGUUGAAUGCAGGUGCUAAUGUUGCUGUUAAGAAUCAAACCAAAGAAGAGUUAUAUGGCCUUAAAGAUAGUUCAAUGCCAGGGAAUGCUCAAAAUAGCCAGCAGUUUAUUGGGCGAUCAGCCAACCCUACUUAAUUAACAGGGUUCAUCAAACCAAGUACCAAUCAAUACGGAUUGGUAGCAGCAGGAGCAUUUAGUAAUGGCAACCCUGGCUAAGAUGAAAAUUACAACUAUAGCAUUCCAUCAGAGGUCUUUUACUCUGCUCAAAAUCUCCAAAAUAACAACCAUUGA